AUGGCAGUGAUAUCGGACUCAUUGACUUUCCUAUCACAGCACCUCCCAGCAUUCCUAGUCCUCACUACUAUAUUCUACCUCACAAGAAACUAUCUCACACCAGGAGCGUCUUCAAUACCCGGACCAUUCCUAGCCAAAUUCUCCAAUAUCUGGAGACUCAUCGAUGUAGCCAAAGGAUGCGCCGAAGUAACACUUUACAAGCUCCACCAGAAACAUGGAGAUUAUGUCCGGCUAGGGCCGAAUGUAAUCAGCGUGCGGGAUUUGGAUGCGUUGAAAAUUAUUUAUGGUAUUAACAAAGGAUACCAGAAGACGGAUUUUUAUUGUGUUCAACAACAAUUAGCAAAAGGGAGACCGACGCCUACUCUUUUUACUACAACUGAUGAAGAAUUUCAUGCCGCCAUUAAACGGCCUAUUUCGUCGGCUUAUUCUAUGAGUACGCUUACUGAGUUUGAACCGUUUGUUGAUAAGACUAUAUCGACGUUGUUUGGAAAGUUGGAUCGGUUUGUGGAAUCGGGGACGGUUUGUGAUAUUGCUGCUUGGUUGCAGUAUUAUGCAUUCGAUGUCAUUGGUGAAUUGACAUUCAGCAAACCACUUGGAUUUCUCGAGAAGGGUGGUGAUGUUGAUGGGAUUAUUGUUGCGCUGGAGCAUAUGCUCGAUUAUUCGGGCAAGAUUGGUCAGAUGCCAUGGCUUGAUUAUCUAUUCAUCAAAAACCCUCUCAAGAACCUCUUCGGAGGAGGCUCCACGGGCGCAGUGGCACGAUUUGCACGCGCACGACUCGACGAACGACUUAAGCAAACAAGCACAUCUUCAUCCCCACACAAAGACUUUCUCGCCCGUUUUCUAGAAGCAAAAACCGAACAUUCAAACAUAGUCAAUGACAACCAAGUCUUCUCAUACACCGUCAGCAACAUGAACGCUGGCUCAGACACAACAGCUAUCUCCCUCCGCGCAAUCCUCUACUACACCCUCAAAAACCCACGUGUUUACAAGAAACUAAACCAAGAACUCAACAACGCCUUCGAAGAAAACAGAAUCUCAUUACCUGUUUCGUGGAAGCAAAGCCAAGAACAACUCCCUUACCUAGAUGCAGUCGUUAAAGAAGCUCUGCGUCUACAUCCCGCUGUGGGGCUAAUGCUUGAACGGGUCGUGCCCGCUGAGGGUCUACAACUUCCUCAUGGGGGCCCAUUCUUACCUGCUGGAACUGUUGUUGGGGCUAAUCCAUGGAUUAUACAUCGACACCAUGUCUUCGGGGAUGAUGUGGAGGCCUUUAUUCCAGAACGGUGGCUGAGAAUGGAUAGUGAAACCGAGGAGACGUUUCACGAGAGGAGGCAGAAGAUGUUACGGGCGACUUUUACAUUUGGGGCGGGGCCGAGGACCUGCAUUGGGAAGAAUAUUAGUUUGUUAGAGAUUUAUAAGCUGAUCCCGUCGCUUUUCUUGCGUUUUGCGAUUCAGUUGAAGGAUCCUGAUGCUGAUUGGGAAAUUUUUAAUGCGUGGUUUGUUCGGCAGAGGAAUAUGGAUGUGAGGUUAAGUCGCACAGUC